UAUGUCGAGAAACGAGUUUAUUUUCCUCGAAAGUACUCAAUGGCCCGAUUCUAAAGCUAUACGAUACUACAGAGAGCAAGUUAAUUAUCUCGGGAAAAAAUUGUAAUGUUGACGAAAUCCGUGCUAGUGUUGUUUUUUUAGCUAGCGCCCAAUAAACUCCCAUUCACUCCUUGGAGAGCGCGCCAUGUCCCAGAAUUGCACAGCAUGCGGUCCAUAGACGAAGCAAAGGCAACGUUUCCCAUGUAUAACAAAAGAAUAUCUGCCGUUGCGAAUGUUAGACUCCACUCUGUACGGCUGGUUGAACAUGGUGUUUGGAGACGCAGAUAGCUCAUUAGCACAGAUAGUCAACGCUGUAACAUGGAAAGAUGGCCAUGUGGGAAGCCUAACCCUAUAAAAGGUGAGGACACUGCUGUAAAUGUUGAGGACCAGAGUAACAUCUCUGGAGGAGGUGAUUCCCAUCAGGAACUACAGAUGAACCAUUUUGGACAUCCUCUUUUUCUUCCGAGCCCGUCAGUGAGAGCUGAGCCUGUGCCGCAGACGCUGGGACAUUCAGACGGUUUCAGACUAGACGCACAUCUGGGUGUGUCUCGGAAUGUUGAGGAGAUCCUGGACUAUUGGAGACUGGAUCCUGUUUGUAGCCCUGGAGGUUCAAAGGCGGGAGCUGGAGAUCCAGAGACAAUACCAGUCAGUAACAAGACACCAACAGCUAUGAUGGGGGAUGUUCCUGUGUUUACUCUAGCCUCACUAGUGGAUCUGUCCAAUGGAGGAGUAACAUGUGAGCCAUGUGAUGUUAAGAAAGUACCUACAGAGACCAAAUGCAGUGCAUUGACCUCCCUUCACAUUAGAUCCAAAGAGAAGCAGCAGUCAGAGUCUAGUAAAAAGAGUGAAUUGAAUUUAUCUCAGUGUAAAAGUGAGAUUAUGUCUGAAUGUCCUGAGAUGAAAGUUGAGGAUCCUAUUUGGUCAUAUUAUCAGAUUGAAUCCGGCAUGACUCCAGUUAAAACAAAAGCCAUCCCAGUUAAAAAAGAGUCCUUAGAAAAUGCUACUGUGGCUGUCAAAACCAAAGAUGAAGUUGAUUCUGAAAUGAAAGUUGAGGAUCCUAUUUGGGCAUGUUAUUUUGCAGAACAGGAAAAAGGGGUGCCUAUUGUUGAAAGGAAAACAUAUGCUGCACAUGUGAAAGAAGAAACUGUAGAUAUUGAGAUUCCAUUUAGCUUUGCUCUUGGUUCAUCUUCACCGGAAAACGGUGUUGAGCUGACUCUGACUGACAGAUGUGAUCAAGAUGGAAAUGGAGGCCUAUAUGCAGUGAAACCUGCCGAAGAACAAAGUGUGAAAAACUCUACAGAAACUUACUAUGUGAAACGGGAAAUGGUGGACAUCAAAAAUGAAGAUCCCAUAUGGGCUAAUUUUCACUUGAAUGAAGUAAGAAAGGAUUUGAAGCCAAAAUAUGAUCAUUUAGUAUCUCUACUUUCGUCAAUGAAAGAAGACAACCAUCAGCCACCAAUCUUCAAGGAAUUGCUAUCAUUGAAGACUGAGAGUAUGCAACCCAUCCAUAUGGUCAACGUAUCAGUGCCUGCAAUCACAGGAGGGCAGGAACGCACUAUGACCUCUGACCCAAAAGGCUGUUCUCAGCCCAUUUCACACCAGCCCAGCAAAAAGCAAAGUUUGGAGUGCGAGCCUGGUGACAAAUCACUGGCCUCUAACUCAACACAGGCAAAUACAAACCAGAGAUCACAUAAGCCACAGCAGCAAGACGGAACAUCAGGCUUUUAUACAUCUACUCAGUCUCAUCAUACACACACUUCCCAGUCAGACCUGGGUUCUCAGUCAAAUACGACAGACCACUCAUUACCAAUGUCAGGUACAGGUAUAAAACAUCUGCCUCAAACAUCAAACAUCUACGACAAAUAUAAACCAUAUACUAUUGCAAAAGAAAUGAUAAAUACCUGCCAACUAUGUGGUAAAUCCAUUGCUUCACAUAAACUGUCAGCAGAGGCUGUAAAAGGACCGGGACAGACGGACACAACUAGACCCUGGACAUGUUGUGUAUGUAAAGCAACAUAUAAAGGCCAAGGAACAUGGGGGUUUCACAGACAAAAACACAUUAGUGGCUUAAAAUGCCCUGAGUGUGGAAAGUGUUUUAAAACACAACAUAGCUUGGAUGUUCAUACGAAGACGCAUUCUAAGGAAAGGCCUUUCUCUUGUGAGGAGUGCGGCAAGACCUAUCGCACUCUCAGCCUUCGCAACGCACACAUUUACAGUUGUCACAAAACUCCCAACCAUGCCUGUCAGGAGUGUGGCAAGAGUUUUAGGCAAAGAGCCCACCUAUGCAUUCACAUGAACAUACACACAGGAAAUAGACCCUAUCAGUGUGCAGACUGCGAGGCUGCCUUCAAGUCACCCUCAGCACUGUAUACGCACAAGACUAUUCACACAGGUGAGAAGCCCUUUGUAUGCCCUCUGUGUGGCAUGCGUUUCCGCCUCAAUGCCUUCCUCACUGUCCACCUGAACACACACUCUACCACCAAAGGAAAACUGCACAAUAAGUCAGGGAAAAGCCAAUCGAAGAGGGAGCAGUCAGACUCUGAAGAGACCUCAGACUCCCUCUCUGACUCAGACUCCCUCUCUGACUCCACCCCUCAAACACCCACCUCUAGAGAGACCAGGAGUCAGAGGAAAUCGAAGCAGGUGGAAAACUGAAGGUGAAUGGAACUCUUUAAAUGCUAUGAUCUGAUGAUCCAAGGAUGAAGCAUAUUUUAUUUGAAUGUAUAUUUUACAAUCUUUGUGCUUAGUAAAACCUAGUUUUAAGUUCAACCUAGUUAGUGUUUUGUUGAUUGCUGCUUCACAAUAAAAUGUUUUGUUCAAAUUAAACUGUAACU